AUGGACAAUCACAAUACUGGAGAUCGUCGAAGCCAAAUAGCCCGGGCUUUGGUUCUGGGUGGCACCAUACAAGAGUCUACCUCUGCUACAGCAUUCGCAUCCUCAUCCGCAUCCAGUGCCUACGACCAUGAUGACGAAACCGCCGAGGAUUUCAAACAGAGACUAAUCUACCUUCUCGAACAGAUGAUGUUCGUCAGCGGCGAAACGGCCGAACCCAGCACCGAGACCACGUGGAUGAUCGAGGAGAUCGUGCGCGAGCAGGUGAUAGAAAUGCUGACCCGAGCGACCAUGCUCGCGAACCGGCGCGGCUCCAGAUCCAUCUCCAUAGGCGACCUGAUCUUCCAGAUCCGGCACGACCGAGCCAAAGUGUCGCGGCUCAAGACGUUCCUCUCGUGGAAGGACGUGCGCAAGAACGUCAAGGAUUCGGACGACAAAGGCGGCGGUGAUGCCGGUGACGUCGGGGAUUUCGAGGAGGCCUCCGGCGGCGUCAACCCGGCGGCACCUCCCAAAACCAGCGCGGCGAAAAAAGCCAAGCUCGUCCUCCCCUGGGAGAUCCACUCCUUUUACGCCGAGCAAGUCCCCGAGCGGGACGACGAAGAAGACGAAGAAGAAGAGGAACAGAACGAAGCCACGUUGGCGCGCCUGGCGUCCGCGGACGAACGCACCAAGAACAUGACGCGCGAAGAGUACGUCUACUGGAGCGACUGCCGGCAAGCGAGCUUCACGUUCCGCAAGAGCAAACGGUUCCGCGAGUGGGCCGGCUUCGGCACCAUCCUGGACAGCAAACCGAACGACGACGUCGUCGACAUUUUGGGCUUUCUGACGUUCGAGAUCGUCCAGACCCUCACCGAGGAGGCCCUGAAAGUCAAGACGGCCGAGGAUGCCGCGAAUCGGAAACUCAACGGCGGCAGACCCGGCGAGGAGGCGAGCAAGAAACGCAAGCGCGAAGGCUGCAGUCUGUUUGAGAUGCCCGAGGAGGGACGCACGCCCGUCGAGCCCAAGCAUGUGAGGGAGGCGUUUCGGCGCCUUCAGGUCGUGCCGACAAAGUAUAAGUUCAUGAGGCAGGGGUUCGCGGGCAUGAGGACGCCGCUGAGGUUGAUUUAG